CGGAACGGCCCUGCGUGCCACGGCAGUAGAGCCAUCGACAAAACGCAACCUAACCGUCCAUCCAUAGAAAUUGGCAUUUUUUUCUUUAUAUGCCACAAGCGUCGCCGGCGGAAGAGAGCAAAUAUACUCUGCCUUUCUUACUCCCUCUUCAAUGGCACCCUACUUAUCAUUACUUGGUAAAAGACACGAUUGGUCUGAAUGUUCCUCUUGGCCGACACGAUGGGGUCGUCCUCGGUGGCGUCAGUGACAUUGCUAUUGAUCUCUCUUUUACUCGUGGAGGUUAGGGCAAGUUUCAUCCGGUACAAUACGAGUGCCGGCAUAGUCGAAGGGAAGCUCAAUGUUCAUCUCGUACCUCACACUCACGAUGAUGUAGGCUGGUUGAAGACUGUGGAUCAGUACUAUGUUGGUUCUAACAAUAGCAUACAGGGUGCUUGUGUUGCCAAUGUCCUGGACUCUGUGGUCGUUGCGUUGCUUAAAGAUCCAAGCAGGAAGUUUGUUUACGUCGAGCAGGCUUUUUUCCAAAGAUGGUGGGGCGAACAAAACGAGGCAACGCAAGAAGUGGUAAAAAAGUUGGUUGAUUCUGGACAAUUGGAGUUCAUAAAUGGUGGCUGGUGUAUGCACGACGAAGCAGCUGUUCAUUACAUUGAUAUGAUUGAUCAAACUACUCUUGGCCAUCGUAUGAUAAAGAAACAAUUUAAUAAGAUUCCUCGAAUUGGUUGGCAGAUUGACCCUUUUGGACACUCUGCCGUACAAGGCUACUUACUUGGUGCUGAGAUUGGUUUCGACUCUAUAUUCUUUGCAAGGAUUGAUUACCAGGACAGAAAGAAACGUUGGUUAGACAAAUCUCUUGAAGUCAUAUGGCGUGGUUCAAGAACUUUUGGGUCUUCUUCUCAGAUUUUCGCAAGCGCCUUUCCUAAGCAUUAUAGCCCUCCAAAUGGAUUUCAUUUUGAAGUCAAUGAUGAGGACGCUCCCAUCCAGGAUGAUCCUAUUCUUUAUGACUAUAAUGUUAAUGAGCGUGUCAAUGAUUUUAUUGAUGCUGCUUUAGCUCAGGCUAAUGUGACUCGAACAAAUCAUAUUAUGUGGACAAUGGGCGAUGAUUUCCAGUAUGAGUAUGCUGAAUCUUGGUUCAGGCAAAUGGACAAACUUAUCAAUUAUGUAAAUCAGGAUGGCCGUAUCCAUGCGUUGUAUUCCACCCCAUCAUUUUACACUGAUGCAAAGCAUGCUGCAAAUGAAUCAUGGCCGCUGAAAACCGAUGACUAUUUCCCAUAUGCAGAUAGUCCAUAUUCUUAUUGGACUGGUUAUUAUACCAGUCGACCAUCAUUCAAGCGUUUUGUUCGAGCAUUAAGUGGAUAUUAUCUGGCUGCACGUCAACUAGAAUUUUUGGUAGGGAGGAAAUCUUCUGGUCCAGUCACAUCUAUUCUAGGAGAUGCUUUAGGCAUUGCUCAACAUCAUGAUGCAGUCUCUGGUACUGCAAAACAACAUACAACAAAUGAUUAUUCAAAACGUUUGGCAUAUGGGGCAUCUCAGGCAGAGAUGGUUAUCAACCUUGCUAUUCCUUGCCUUGCUAAUCCUGGAGAGAAAUGUGCCUCCAACUCUCCAUCAGUUAAGUUAAGCCAGUGCAAUUUGCUCAACGUAAGUUACUGUCCAGCUACAGAAGAACUUUCAAAUGGGAAGAGUUUAAUAAUGGUUGUAUAUAAUUCUCUUGGAUGGAAUCGUACAGAAUAUAUUAGAAUUCCAGUUAAUGAUAACCAACUGAUUGUACGAGAUGCAGAUGGAAAUGUUAUUGAGACUCAAGUCAUUGAGAUGGAAAACACUACUAUUAAAAUUAGAAGUUUUUAUGUCAAGGCAUACUUAGGAGAGUUGCCAAAAGACGUUCCAAAGUAUUGGCUUGUAUUUGAAGUAUUUGUGCCUCCUUUGGGAUGGAAUACUUAUUUCAUAUCAAAAGAAACCAAGCAAGCACCCAAUGCAAAUGGCUAUACCUCAACUAUAUCAACACCAGAUAAUGAUACAGUGGAGAUUGGACCGGGGCAUCUUAAAAUGGCCUUCUCAUCAGCUUCUGGACAAUUGAAAAGAGUGGUGAAUAACAGAGUAGGAGUUGACUUACCCGUGCAACAAAGUUAUCUUUGGUAUGGUUCUAGUGAGGGUGAUAAUGAAGACAAACAGGCCUCGGGCGCUUACAUUUUCCGGCCUAAUGGCGCUCCUCCUUCAGCUGCUUCAAGAUCGGUAGCUCUGGAAGUUUUGAGGGGACCCUUAGUUGAUGAAGUCCAUCAACAAUUUAAUUCGUGGAUAUAUCAGGUCACAAGAAUAUACAAGGACAAGGAAAAUGCUGAGUUUGAGUUUACUAUUGGACCAAUCCCAACUGAUGAUGGUGUGGGAAAGGAAGUUAUCACUCGGUUGUCGGCCAAUAUGGUCACAAAUAAGACAUUUUAUACAGACUCCAAUGGAAGAGAUUUCCUUAAACGGGUCCGAGAUUAUAGGGAGGAUUGGGAUCUUAAAGUGACUCAACCAAUUGCAGGGAAUUAUUAUCCGCUCAACUUGGGAAUGUAUAUGGCAGACGGGAAGUAUGAGCUUUCCGUACUUGUUGAUAGUCCUUGUGGAGGCUCUAGCAUUCAAGAUGGUCAAUUGGAGAUCAUGCUUCAUAGGCGCCUACUCGCUGAUGAUUCUAGAGGCGUCGACGAAGCCCUUGAUGAGGAAGUUUGUACGGAUGAUGGUUGUGAGGGUCUUACGGUUAGAGGGAAAUAUUACAUGAGUGUCAACCAAUUGGGAAGUGGUGCAAAUUGGCGGCGAACAUACGGUCAACAGAUAUACUCGCCUGUUCUUCUAGCAUUUACACAUGAGGAUGAGAGAAUUUGGAAAUCUUCUCAAAUCACAAAAGCUACUUCUAUGGAUCAAAGUUAUAGUUUGCCUCCUAAUGUUGCACUCAUCACACUCGAGGAAUUAGAUGAUGGCUCUGUGCUCCUGCGUCUGGCUCAUUUAUAUGAGGCUGGCGAGGAUGUAAAAAAUUCAGUAUUAGCCGAGGUGGAACUGAAGAAAAUAUUUGCUGGAAAAACGAUCAAAGAACUGGAAGAAACAAGCUUAUCAGCAAAUCAAAACAAAUCAGAAAUGAAGAAAAAGAUUUGGAGAGUUGAAGGAGACGUUAUAAGACAUCCAGCUCCGCUUAGAGGCGGUCCUGUGAACAAUUCUACCUUAAUUGUGGAGUUAGGUCCUAUGGAGAUUCGUACUUUCUUGUUGAAAUUCUAAGAACAUGUGCUGCAAGUUUUCACCUGACGAAAUUCUGACAAUUUGAUGCUAAACUUCGAAAUGCAGUAAUGGAAUAAAUUUUAAGUUUGGUAAUUGGAAGGCGUCUUCAUUUUUCUUUUA